GGCAAGUGGCAAGUUGCGAGUGGCAAGUGGCGAGUGGCAAGUGGCAAGUGGGCAAGUGGCACCUGCACAAACUUGGCGGACAUUUCAAACAAAACGCAGUUGUUGAUGCUGUCUGCAUGCUGUGCGCGCGUUGCGAAAAACUGAAUUGCUGCACGUUAACGCGCAAAGUGUCUUCUGUGUUGAGCGGAGUUAAGCUGCGCCAAGCUCCGUUUGCUACAAGAAUAUUAGCUCAAGUAUUAACGUGGUCACUGGACAUUCUGUGGACUAUAUCAUCGAUUACACAUCGACUCCAUCGACUACACCGGAAUUUUGUCUCGAUGAUGUCUUACUGAAUUGCAAUUGUGUAUUGCCAAACACACACACACACACACUUGUAGACUGUGAAAAGAUUCUCGAGUCAUGAGCCAACCGCAUCAGCAGCAUGAGCAAUUGCAACGACGUCGUCGACGAUGCCGCCAGCCGGCCGAGCCUUGCGAAUGUUUACGUCCUGUGAUAAGGGUUUUUGGUCUGCUGACUUCAUUCGUUAUCUGUGGAGUGGGCGUCGAUGUCUACAUGCAUGGCUAUCAGGCGGGACUUUAUAUACUUUUUUCAGCUUUGCUGGUGCUGUUCAUUGAGAUUAAAUGGCUGAUAACCAUUUUUCUGCAGCUCCAAUGCGGCGACAAUAAUUACCAUAGUAGCUCCUGUUGUCUCGACUGCUGGCGUUGCUCCAUGCUCUUGGGCAGUUGGCGACCGGCGCCCAUAUAUGUCGCCGUGGGCGUGGCACUCAUAAUAUUCCCGCACAAUCUGUGGCUCAGCUAUGUGGCUGGAAUGUUGCUGCUUCUGCUUGCGUUGCUGCGUCUUUGCACCCUCCUUCGGUUCAACGGGGGCGGAGCCAAUCACUUUAAGGACGAGGGUCUGCUGCCACAAUGCGAUUUUGAAAAGGUUUCCAGUUUUGUGGACAGCGUGGAGGAUGAUUUCGCAGAAGUCUGUGUGUCGCAGCCCGAAGAUGAGGAGGCCGCCAUGGACGAUGACAUUUGCUAGUAGUUAAAAGCAUAUAUUAUAUAUAAGACUUUACUUUCAAGA